GCAUUUCUGCUAUAAAAUAGUAUUUCAGUUUGAGUUUCUUGGAGUCUCAACUAAAUCUCUCCAGCGUUGAAGCUUUUCUCACAUCGUUGGUACAGCUAUCACUCAGAAUGGAUACUCCAAUGACCAAUACCUCUUCCUUCACCCCCGCCUAUACGGUGUCAUCUCCUCACCUUUAUCCUCGCCCGCCUAUGUCCUCUCACAUCUCAGACUUCCACCUUACCCUCCUACUUCCCGUUUUAACAUACUGGCUCACUGCUCUCUUCUGGUCAAUCAUCUCAUAUUAUGAUAUCUGGUCUAGCUACCGCAUUCAUACACCAGCCGAAAUCGAAAGUCGCAAUCGUGUCACAAUCCCCCAAGUCCUGCGCUCUAUUCUCGGACAGCAGCUAUUCCAGACAGCAUGGGGACUGUUCUUAGGCUAUUGUGUUCUUGGAACUCAAGAGAUGGUAGGGUCAGAGGAUUAUGAUAUUGCUAUGUGGGCGGAGAGGGUUGUGAAAGGAUAUUCCUGGAUACAGUGGAGCUUGAGGAUGAGCAUGAUGGGCUUGGGAUUGGAUCUUGCGAACUCCAAAGGGUCUUUGCAUCUUCCGGUCCGUGUUAAUAUCACUACGUCUGAUGGAAGAAUUAUUGCGUGGGAAAUGGUAGUCGCGCAAGUGAUAUAUUGGCUUCUUGCACCUGCAGCUCGAUUCGCGAUUUGCAUCUUCAUCAGCGAUGCAUGGCAAUAUUUUGGACAUCGUGCUUUUCAUGAAAAUAGAUGGCUAUACCGAAAUGUUCACUCCCUACACCACCGCGUCAACGCACCUUACGCAUUCGCUGCAUUUUACAAUACUCUUACCGAAUCAUUUAUCAUGGAUACCUGUGGAGUCAGCGUUGCGUUUUACUUUUCCGGACUUCACCUGCGUGAAGCUUUGGUCUUUUCUAUCGUCAGCGUGUUGAAAGGCGUCGAUGAUCACUGUGGAUACAGACUCCCAUGGAAUCCCAUCCAAUGGUUGGGCGAACAAGAUACUUCGUUUCAUGAUAUCCAUCACCAGACUUGGGGUGCUACCACAAAUUACUCGCAGGUUUAUACAACAUUCUGGGAUCAUGUUUUGGGAACGAUAUCUAGAAAAACUCCGGAGGAGAUAGAGGAGCUUUACAAGAAGGGAAGAGAGAAUGCGGAAAAGGCUAAGAAAGUCAAUUGAUUUUUAAGAAUAGAGAAGAAUGGUGCGGGACGGGUUUAGAAAGCCGAUUAUGGUGAGAUGGUGCUUGAGGAUUGAAGAUUGAAGAUUGAGGGCGGAAAAAGUUGAUGGCAUGCAAACAAAGUCGAUGGAUGUUUGAGUGGGGUGUUUUCCUUGUGUCUAAUUUAUGGUGAUAUUUUAUAUCUUAAGAUUUUUUGUACUAAAUAUGGGUCAUGGAAUACUUCUCUUUCGUAUUGUUCAGCUUAGUCUGUCAAAAGCAGAAUAAAGGUCUUAUUAAUCAUACUACUCCAAUCUUGAUUU